AUGGACGAUGAAAAACGGAAAGCCUUGACUCAGAAUCGUACAAUCUUUCUAGAAAACGGUCAACCCAAAUUUGAGAAUCUCAGCACCCUUCCCGAGCUCUGGUGGGUUUCAGUGCGACUUACAAUGACGGACCGUUUGGUGGCGGACCCAGAGUUGAUGGAUGUUGUGAUUCAACAUCUAAAGACUGGGAAGGUAGAGUUCAACCACUACGAGGCACUGCAUCACCAGAAGCCACUUUGUGUCUCGUUGCCGGUUAUGAACCUGGAAGUGGGGCGCCAGGGGUGGGUUUAUCUUGCCAUUAGACUUGCUGAGCACUAG